AUGGGUCCAAAAAAGUUUCUAUUUUUAACAAUACCCAUCUUACUAAUUGCAAUUUCAUCAUCAUUAACAUCAUCUGCUGAUAUUAUAUCAUCAUCAGAUAAUAAAGAAAGUAAUUAUAAAAAUAAUGGGUAUAUAUCUUUUGGAAUUUCUGAAAAGGGUCUUGAAUUUGCUAAAGAUUUCUUAAUACAAAAUGCAAUUUCAGCUCUGAUUCCACUAAAUUUGCCACAAAUUGAGAAAAAAAUGAAAAUAGCAUUAGUUGGUACAGUUGAUAUGGUGGUUUCAAAUACAGUUAUAUAUAAUAUUAAUGUCAGUGAUUCAGUUGUAAAAAGUGGUGAUUUGGGUGUUACUAUUGUUGCUUUUGAUGCAACUGCUGAUUUGAGUUUUGAUUGGAGUUACUCUUAUAGUAAUUGGUUUUUUGAGAUUACUGAUAAUGGGUUGGCUUCUGUUCAGGUUAAAGGUAUGAACAUCGGGAUGACUCUUGGUUUGUCGAGCCAGCAAGGGACUCUUAGGGUGUCUCCUGUAGACUGCGGAUGCUAUGUCAACUAUAUCUCCAUAAUAUUGGAUGGAGGAGCAUCUUGGCUCUAUCAAGGAUUCAUUGAUUAUUUUGAAGAGGACAUAGCUAAUGCAGUUGAAGAUACUAUCACAAAGAAUGUUAAGGAUGCAGUGAUAAAACUUGAUUUGGUAUUACAGUCACUUCCAAAAGAAGUCUCUGUUGGCGACAUUGCUACGUUAAAUGUUACAAUCACUGAUGGUCCUAUCUUGAGCAACACUUCUCUUCUUAUUGGUAUCGAUGGAUUAUUUUCACAUAUUGACAGUGAAGUAACUUCUUAUAAUUAUGAGAGAAGUUUACUAUCAAGUAGUUCGUGUAACAGCCAAGAGAAUAUGGUUGCUAUUUCAGUACAUGAAACUGUGCUUAACUCAGCAUCAUCCGUGUACUUCAGUACAAAUAAGAUGUAUUGGGUUGUUGAUGAACUGCCAGAUAAGAAGCUAUACAAAAAUAUGUUGAACACUGCUGGAUGGAGAUUUAUAAUUCCUAAGUUAUAUAAAGAAUUCCCAAAUGAUGCUAUGAGCUUGAACUUUACAAUAGUGUCACCUCCUAUCAUAAGAGUUGAAAACGAUGAUAUUGUUGCUGCCAUAAACUCAGAUGUCAUUAUUAAUGUCAUGGAUGCUGAUGAUGUUAUCCCAGUUGCAUGCAUCUCGAUGGAGAUUGAAGCUUCCGGAUUUGCAGGAAUUUCGUUGAGCACUGUUGCUGGUGGUGUCAGCCUUAGCAAAUUCAGUUUGUCUUUGAAAUGGAGUGAAAUCGGCACCUUACAUAUGCUUCUUGUUCAGUCAAUGAUGUCCACAAUUCUAAAAAGUAUCAUUGUGCCAAUUGUAAAUUUACGUCUAAGGGUAGGAUACUCGAUUCCUGCUUUCCAUGGCUAUGGGCUUCAGAAUGCUUCGAUUAUCUAUGGGGAUUCAAAGAUCAUUGUUUGCAGCAAUGUUGGUCAUGCAUACGAGUACAUUCCUCACAUGAUUUUAUAAUGAAAUAAUGUGGAUGUAUACCUGCAUUCCUACUUGUUUGAAGUUUCUGAUCGGGAUGUCACAAGUUCAAAUCAUAUGAAGCCUCAGUCUCAUUGGGUAGGUUUCCUAUCUGGGUGUCUUGGAGCCUUGGUAUAUAUGGAUCGUGUAUCCAGUAAUCUUUGUACAUUAUACUAAUUAGUGCUAGUAUUAGAAAGAAGUUUGUAAAAUGUAGAUAUCAUGGUUGUCAACUUGAGACCAACAUUUGAUCAAUAAAAUGACCUCUGUAUGUUGAAGUA